AGUAGCAAAUCAGCAACGUCAAGCUUCACAUUAACUUCCUGAUCAGCCAGCCUAGCAGUUAUUAUGUCGUCGACAAAUGAAACCAACCAAGUGCUGCAGCGCCUGAACAGCCUGAAAAUCGUGGAAACCCCAAAGGAGCAGCAUGAGUUCGGAAAACGCGAGUGCUACUCCCUGGACAGCAAGAAGUAUUCCCUGGUACCAGCCACCCCCAGCAGCUCAGGACACGGAAAGUUCCAAACCGAACUCAAAAAGCGCCGCAAAAACAAACUGAAUCGCAUGUACACUUACGAGGCUGAUAAGAAUUUCAUCAAGGCUCGCAAAUCUUUGAACUUCUAAUCAUAAUACGAACCGAUGUAAUCACCUUAGUCAUAAGCAUCAUUGAUUUCAAAUCGUACAGUCACAAUUCUUUUCACGCUCUGAUACAACAAAAAUAUAUAUAAAUACUUUUGAAAC